UAGAUAAAUGAUGUGUGAUGAAGAAAGUUGUUUCAAUUUUUUUCAAAGACUUGGAUCUAGUAAAUGAGUUGGGAAAUGGAACACACAAUUUAAAAUGAGAGCUGGUUAAAUGUGAAGAGGAAGAUAAAAAUAAAUUAUGAAGACAAGCGAUAAUAUGAAAAGAGGUGAGAAAUGUGAAUGGGUG